UCGUGAAGAAAAGGAAGAAGGGGGAAAAUAUAGAAGUUUUGGAAUUCCUCCUUUAUUCUGAUUUAGGGUUUUUUUUAGUUUUGUUUUCUUGAAGUCGAUUUUAACUGCUGCUGUGUUUUUGAGGAAAUGGAGAAUACUCUACACUUCGUCUUCGGAAUUUUUGGAAAUGUUUCUGCUCUGUUUCUUUUCUUGGCGCCAGUGAUUACUUUCAAAAGAAUUGUGAUGAACAGAUCGACAGAACAGUUCUCUGGAAUCCCAUAUGUCAUGACUUUGCUCAACUGCUUGUUGUCUGCUUGGUAUGGAAUGCCUUUUGUGUCACCGAAUAAUGUCCUUGUGUCGACAAUUAAUGGGACUGGAGCUGCGAUUGAGAUCAUCUACGUGAUGAUCUUUCUCGUGUUUGCGCCAAGGAAGGAGAAGGGGAAGAUUCUCGGACUGCUAAGUCUUGUUCUUGCUGUUUUCGCCAUUGUUGUAUUCGUUUCCCUCUUCGCCCUCCAUGGAAAUGGCCGCAAGUUUUUCUGCGGCCUUGCUGCAACCAUCUUCUCCAUUGUUAUGUACGGCUCGCCUUUGACAAUCAUUAGGACGGUGAUCAAAACAAAGAGCGUCGAAUUCAUGCCAUUUUUCUUGUCCUUGUUCGUGUUCUUCUGCGGCACGUCGUGGUUUAUCUUUGGCCUACUUGGGAAGGACCCUUUUGUUGCCAUUCCAAAUGGAUUUGGAUGCGGAUUAGGCACGGUGCAGCUGAUACUAUACGCGAUAUACCACAAGAACAAGGGACAAGCGAAGAAAUCGUCGCCGGACGAGUCGAUGGAGAUCGAGGCGAGCAAUGGGAAGUCUCAUCAAGACAAGCUAUCCAUGCAAGACGAGCAAGUCUAGUUGAGACAGUGGCGAUGACGACGACGGCGGCGACGAGGCUUUGGAUAUGCUGUCUCUAUAUAGAGUUCCUACUUAUUAGGAAUGGUGUCUUGUUUCUUAUAAUCAUCCUUUGUUUUUUUUUUUUUGUUUUCUGUAUGUCGAUGAAUUCUCAAUGUAUUGGUUUUGGCUUGUCAUGAAGAUCGUGGCUUGUUUGAUCGA